AGGCGCCCGGAGAUGAGCCGAAGGAGACUUCUUCAAUCCAUUCACCUCUGGGCCGACGUGAGUAAGUUUUCAAUCCAUCCCGCUCUUGCAAAUCUAAGCUGCCGCAGUCAAAUCUGUUAGUUUCACAGAAACCAGCAGGUUCAUAACAUCCACACAUCCACUCAGGGUCGCUUGAUCACUUUUCACCGACUCAAUUCUCAGUUUCAUGCUAUAGGGCUGGGGUUUUUGUCAGAUUUGUUCGGUGAGAGGUAUGGUGCUCAUGAAUUUCCUCAUAGAAGUGUGCAUUUGAUUUGGGUAUAUGGUUGGAUAUAAGAGCCUACAUUCUUCAGACUACCUGAUUUGUGGUUCCUCUAGUAGCGGGAUUUCUAUUCAUUUCUCUUGUUCAUAUUUCAAUUCAGAUUGAUCUAUUGUCUUUCCUGUAAUAGAAUAUUGGGGAAACGUAUAUACAUCAGAGAUAAGUGAUUGGUCUGAGUGUUUGAGAUUGAAGUGGGAUUAGGGUUCCUUUUGAAAUGGGGAAACCACUGUUUUAUGAGAUAAUUGAGAAGCCAGCUACAAGUUGUAUUAUAGCUAUAUGCAGUGCAAUCUGGCUGUAUAUACAGAAGAAAAACAUUGGGUAUUCUCAUGUGGGGUUGAGUUACGAGACUGCUCUGGAAGGCCAUCACUGGAGGAUAAUAACAUCUGCAUUUUCACACAUUAGUGUGCUUCAUCUUGUUUUCAACAUGAGUGCUCUUUGGAGCUUAGGAGUUGUUGAGAAGUUAGGGAAUUUAGGUCUUGGAGUGGAGUAUUACCUGCAUUAUACUCUGGUUUUGGUCAUUCUGUCUGGUAUACUAGUCUUGGGGAUGUAUCAUGUUCUCAUUCAGAGGUUUAAGUUUGAAUAUUUUCGAAGAGUGACUGCUGUGGGAUAUUCGUGUGUGGUUUUUGGGUGGAUGACUAUUCUGUCUGUUAAGCAACCUUCAUCAAAAUUGGAUCUUUUUGGGUUUCUUUCGCUUCCCAUAAGUUUUGCACCAUUUGAGUCGCUCAUCUUAACCUCCAUCAUUGUUCCUCAAGCAAGUUUUCUCGGCCACUUAUCUGGAAUCGUUGUUGGUUAUUCAAUUGCCUGGGGCCUGAUUCAUGGCAUGAACAAUUAUUGGGCAAUUACAAUGCUGGGGUGGAUAAUAGUUGUGUUUGCUUUCAGUUUGAAGAAAUCUGGUGCGAUAGAUUUCGACUUUCUUGAGGUUGAGACCAUCACUGACAAUUCGUUGCCUUCUGUGCGCUUCCUUGCUGCUGGUAAUGGGAGAACUUUACAAAUGGCUGCAUUACCAGAUGUUGGCCCUGGUCUUGUAUAGCCACUGUUUACUUAUUUUUCACGUUGCGGGAUAUAGUUAAGAAUUGCAUUGUACUUAUUUGAUGUAUGCAUAUGUAUUGGGUGUUAUGUAUGUUGAAAGGUUUAUAUUUUGAAGUAUUAUAAUUCUUAAAAAGAAAAAUAAGGAUGACACCCCAUCCCUGAGGGCCCCCCAACACCGAUCGGACGGCACGAUGGGUGGAUGUAAAUUGGACUAUAAUCACAAUCUGACAGAUAGAGAGUGGACUAUUAAGUAUUAUUAUUCUUAUAUCACAUAGCAUUGAGUUUCUCCCUGACAUAACCCUCCCUUUCUCUGUGUUAGUUUACCCCUACUCUAAAAUGUAUUAAGCAGCAGACUAGUGACUGGUGUAUGCUUGGCUUAUGAGAGACAGGUGGAACUAGACAUAAGAAUCUUUGCAACAUUUGUAGAUCACAAAAUUGUAUGUUCCUCCACCAUGCCAUCAUAUUGCUUGUUGCUAAUCAAGA